AUGGCGGCGAUGACCGCGGGACGUGGUUCUGGCCAUCGUUGUGGCGAGCUCCCGCGCGUCCUGUGGAGGAGACGAAGACGAGUUCGUCGUCUUCGCUCUUAUCCGAGCAAAACGGUAAGUGGGCUGGUCUGGGCCGAGGUGCUGGGCUGCUGCUGGGCUCUGGUGCUGGGCUGCACCGUGGUUGCUCGACCAGUGCUCCCGGAGGCUUCCAUUGAUGCUCUCAAAGAGCAGCUCGCCAACGCCCAACGCCUCUUCCCGGACUCCCAGACUUAUGCUGUCAAGAAGGUUAACGCGCGCCGCCCUAGCCAGAGCCAAGCGAGUCUCGCCGUGCCAUGGACGCCCAACGACCACCUGGUCGCGCUUAAUGCGCGGGUGUCUCAUAUGCGCGCCAUUGACCGCAACUUAUCUGAUAUCCCUGAUGUAGCUUCCCAGCUCUACAGGACUCUCUGGCCUGGCGAGGUGGUGCCGGACACUUUCUCUCUGAUCACCACCGUGACAGACAAGGCCAUGUCAAGCGCCGCGAACCUCGCACAACUCCUGCCGACCGGCACCGUGCUCGCGUUCCAGGCGCUGGCUCCCUCCUUCACCAACCACGGCAAGUGCGAGGAGACCCCCACGAACCAGUGGCUCACCGCAGCUUUAGUCAUUGUUCUCGCCGCCUCAUCUCUCGUCUUCUCCUUCACGGACAGCGUCGUCGGCCGUGACCAGAAGCUCUACUAUGGCGUCGCCACGCCGCGCGGCUUCAACGUCUUCAACUUCUCCAGCGAGGAGGAGAAGCAGCUGUGGGAUCCCGCCGAGUUCCGGAGGCUGCGCAUCCGGCCGCUGGACUACAUGCACGCUGUCUUCACGGCCCUGGUUUUCCUCGCCGUGGCGUUCAGCGACGUGGGGCUGCAAAACUGCUUCUUUCCUAACGCCGGUAGGAAUACCGAGGAGUUGCUCAAGAACCUGCCACUGGGCAUGGCGUUUUUAUCGAGCUUCGUGUUCAUGGUCUUCCCAACAAAAAGGAAGGGUAUCGGCUACAGCGACACUGCCUCUCCGAAGAAGGUCCCUUAGUAGUGUUUAGACCAUCUUUUCUAACUGUUAAAUUAGAAUGUAUCGUUCCUUUUGGAAAGUAAUAUACUUGUGUAUUGGUUAGUUAUACUUUUUUAGGUAAAAGUGUAUUGGAUAUAAUAUAAUGUAUUCGACAGUUUAGCUGGACACACUACAGCAAAACGAUUCUUUGCCUGGUAUCAAAAAUAUUCAGCAAAAGGCAAAAAUUA